GAAAGCAAUAACGUUUGCAUCGAUAUUUUUAUGUUUCGUUUUGGGUGAAAUCAAUAAAGGUAAAACAACAAAAGACGAUAUCAAAUAUUGGAAAUCAGAAAUAUCUGAUGACAAAAAACAGACAAGUAAGACUAAAGCAAUUGAUAAAAAUGAUAAAUCUAAUCUACGUCAACGAGAAUCUAAAUCAAAAUCGAAAAAAGAUGAACACUUUUCUAAGUGGCCUAAAGAAACCAGAUAUAAUAAAAAGAAAGUAGCACCUAGAUACACGAAAAUGCAGAUGGUACAGCAAGGAGAUACAACGAAGUCUCCACAUUUGCCAAGCUCCGAAGAAGUUGAAUCAGUAUUGAGUCCUUACAGUAUGACAGAAAAAAAUGGGGACCCAACGAAAAGAUAUUUGAGGACCAAUGAAGGCAAAUAUGCUGAUGAUUCACAAGAGAAAAAGAUUAUACUUAUAGUACAUGGACUUAGUGUCAUGGGUGCAACAAAUCUUGACUGCUUAUCACGCGAAAAUGCUUUUCUUAAGCUCUUAUCUUAUUAUACUGAUUAUUUAGAUGAAUUUGAUAUAUUCCUGAUACCAAUGGCAAAUCCAGAUGGCAUUGCUGCACUAAGGACUUCCAGCCCGAUCUGGAAUAAGAAUGUCUCACCUCAAAAUGAUUGUCCGGGUGUCGCAUUAGAUCGAAAUUUUGAUAUAGCAUGGAAUAAUAACGUUUCUAUUAACUCCUGCCAUCAAGAUUAUCCAGGCUCAGCACCAUUUUCUGAAGCGGAAACAAGAGCCAUACGUGAUAUAUUUCACAAAUACAGUCACAAAAUAAUUGCUUAUUUAAAUGUGCAUGCUGGAACUUACGAUUACACUACAUUCAAGGGUGAUGCUGUUUUAUAUCCCAAAGGCUAUACAGAGUCUUCAGAUGAUGAUAAGUAUAUUGAUCUAAAAGGUGAAAUUGACGAAGCUAUGAGAAACGCAAGUUUUCAGGUCAUAUCGGUAACUGUUGACACAUUGUACAGUUGGUAUGGAAAGGUUACUGGAUCAAGUGUGGAUUAUGCUUUAGAGGUUUAUGGUAUACCGUUUGCCCUUGAACUAGUGAUGCAAAUAUAUCAAAAUCCGGUUGACUACGAAGAUCAUCCCGACUACCACGAUCAUGCCCUCGUUGAAGUGUGGGGCAGAGUUAUUGACGUAAUUUUAAGGUUUAUUUGGAAAUCGCAAAAUGGAAACGAAAUUCAAUAAGAUCUUACGCGUAGA